CGGGAUAUCUGACAAAUCACACCAAGAGAAGUAGCUGUUAUUGUGGAUCAGGAUGACACACAUGAGGUCCAGUGUGGGUCCGUGCACGUGAACGGUGGGCGGCUGAUUAAGACCAGAAACUUACGGCUUGAACAUGGAUGUAAUGGUAUUGCUUAUAAUCUGCAAGACCUGUAUCUUACUUUUCGCACUGUACUUUGCAAGAAUUCAAUGAGUGAUGGCCUGCUGAAAACCGUGUAUGAAGGUACAGGCGGGUACACAGUAUUUAAGUGUGUAGUGAGUCCUUCAGGUGACAGGAUAUUUGUCACCAACCUUCCCGAGCACGAGGUCCGCACCCUGGCCACAGAUGGCACAGUUCUCCACAGCUUUACAGACCCAACCCUAAAAGAACCCCGUGGUAUACAUGUGACAGCUCUGGGACAGGUGCUGGUAUGUGGAUAUGGAUCAGACACUAUCCUACAGAUCGAUAGUGAAGGGAAGAAGAAGCUGGCAACUCUUGCUACAACGAGCGAUGGAGUUAAUAACCCAAUGUCAGUCUGCUACAAUAAGAGCACAGCAUCCCUCAUUGUGGGACAAUCGUCGGGCAACAACAUCCUUUUGUUGAGAGUAAAAUAGGUGUGUGUGUGUGUGUGUUUGUCACAAGUUA